AUGACGAUGACACCAACCACCGUGAUCGUGAUCGGCUCGGGCCUGGCCGGCCUGGCCAGCACCGUCCAGCUUCUCGCCCAGCGUAUCCCCGUCCUGAUGCUGGAACGCUCCGCCAAGCCCGGCGGAAACAGUAUCAAGGCUUCGUCCGGAAUCAACGGCGCGCCGACUCGGUUCCAAUCCCUUCCCAACCUCGACAGCGUCGCUACGUUUUACGCUGAUACGGCCACUUCCGCCGGCGCACCAUUUAUCUCCGCCGCGGGGGCGGAGAAGACCCGCAGAGAAAAGCUCGUCGAGACUCUGACGUACAAGUCCGGGGAGGCGGUGUCUUGGCUGACGGAUGAGCAGGGAGUGGAGCUGAGUCGAGUAACGCGCUUGGGUGGACAUAGCGUGGCCCGGACGCAUCGCGGUGCCGGAAAGAAAACGCCCGGAUAUGAUAUUGUCAGCACGCUGUUGAAGCGAGUGAGUGAGGACGAUCUGUUUCGCAUGGAGACAGGUAGGAAGGUGACCAAGCUGCUGCGAGAGAAGGACGGAGCCGUGACGGGGGUGGAGUAUACGCUGGUCACGGCGAGCAACGAAACCGUGGUGGAGAGGGCCUACGGGCCCGUCGUCGUGGCGACGGGGGGCUUCGCCGGCGAUGCGCGCGGAUUGUUGGCACAGUAUCGCCCCGAUCUGGCUGGGAUCCCCUCCACGAACGAACCACGCGAAGGGACGCAGCCGCUGCUCCAGGAGAUCGGGGCCGCUGUGGUGGAUAUGGACCGCGUGCAGGUGCAUCCGACGGGAUUCGUAGAUGGCGCCGAUGCCGAGGCGGCGGUGAAGAUCCUGGCAGCGGAGGCCCUGCGCGGGGAAGGCGGCAUCUUGGUGCGAGGAGAUGGCAUGAGAUUCGUCAACGAGUUGGAGACGCGGGAGAAGGUAACGGGCGAGGCGAUGCGGCAGGCGGAUCGACUUCCCACGGAGGCGACGCAGUGGGAUGUGAAGCUGGUGCUGGACCAAGGGGCCGCCGCGGUGUUGGAGACGCAUCUGGGCUUUUAUAUGUGGAAGGGGCUGAUACGCAAGACGACGGUUGGCGAGAUGGCUAGGGAAAUGCCGGCGCUGGAGAGCACCUUGCGGGACUAUGCCGACGUGGUGGCGACAAGGAAGGAGGAUGAGUUUGCACGCGAGUCCUUUGGGAACUGGACCCUGACCGACGUGACACCGGAGUCCGAGGUGUACGUGGGCAAGGUGACGCCGGUGGUGCACUUCACCAUGGGAGGCGUCGUGAUCAACGAACAUAGCCAGCCCCUGGAUUACCACGGCCGCCCGAUCCCGGGUCUCUGGGCGGCGGGCGAAAUCACCGGCGGCCUCCACGGACAGAACCGUCUGGGAGGAUCGUCGCUGUUGGAGUGCGUCGUCUUCGGCCGCAUUGCCGGAGAGGAAGCCGCGGCUUUCUAUCGGGCCUAG